CGACCUCCACACUCGUAUGCCUCUCUAAUUGCACAGGCAAUCCUGACUUCUCGGAACCAAAAGUUGUCACUACGAGAUAUUUAUGACUGGAUCCAGGCAAAAUAUCCACAUCUGUAUGAAGCCAAUGAAACCGGCUGGCAGAACACAAUCCGCCACAAUUUGUCCUUGAACCGCUGUUUUCGUAAGGUUCCAAGACUUGCCCAGGAUCCAUUGAUUCGAGGAAAGGGUAGCAAGGGCGGUUUUUGGGCCGUAGAC